UAUCCAAACACGUAAAUGCUUAUUUGAAAAAUCAGCUUUAUCACUUAAAAAUGCUUUUCAACACUUCAAGCUUAUCAGCUAUUUACAGUCAGCUAAUCCAAACGGGCUCUUAGCCUAAUAAUAACUAAUGCUAUUAUCUAAAAUCCAUUGUGUUUGAAGAGGGUGUUGUUGUAACUGGUAAAGUUGCUUCCAUAUAACCAAGAGAUCAUGGGUUCGAGCAGUGUAAACAACCUCUUGUAAAAAUAUUGGAUAUGACGACGUACAAUAUACCCUUAUGGUCCGGCACUUCCCCGGACCCCACGCUACAGAACUUAAUUCACCGGCUUGCCUUUUUAUUGUGUUAGCCUGAAAAAGAUGUAGUUUGUCCAUAUCAUAGAUAAGUUAAAUAUUAGAGCACCCCAUGUUACAUUUUGACUUAAAAGACUUUGAUACCAUAAAAGGGAAAACUUUAAGGAACUGUUGAAAUUUUCAGCUGAGAGUCUGAGAGUUAUGGCAUCUUCUGUUGGGCAGCAAAAUUUUUCUGGGAAAAAGAUGACAAAACAGUUAACAGGAAAAAGAGGAGACACUGAAUUUCAUUCAGUGGUAAGAGGUGGUUAUCUUGAAUUGGCUUUGGAGAUGAUCAAUGGCUGUGUAGAAGGAGAAUUGGUAGAAUUAUUGUCAAAACAGAAUCAAUCUGGUGAAACUGCUCUUUAUGUUGCUGCUGAAUAUGGUCAUUUGAUUGUAGUGAAAGAGAUGAUUAAGUAUUAUGAUAUUGGAUUAGCUAGUAUCAAGGCAAGAAAUGGAUAUGAUGCAUUUCAUGUUGCUGCUAAACAGGGUGAUUUUGAAAUGGUGAAGGUACUAUUUGAUGUUUUUCCACAGCUAUCAGUUACAUUUGAUCAGUCAAAUUCCACUGCACUGCACACUGCAGCAGCACAAGGUCAUAUUAAUGUAGUCAAUUUCCUCUUGGAAACUAAUAGCAGUUUAGCCACAAUACCAAAGAACAAUGGGAAAACAGCACUUCAUUCUUCAGCAAGAAAUGGACAUGUUGUAGUUGUGAAAGCACUUUUAAGCAGAGAAGAAGGGAUCUUAAAUUGGAGAGAUAAAAAGGGCCAAACUGCUCUUCAUAUGGCAGUUAAAGGACAAAGUGUUGAUGUUGUUAAUGAGCUUAUUCAAUCAGAUCCUUCUUUGGCUACAAUUAUUGAUGGAAAGGGUAAUACUGCUUUGCAUAUUGCAACACGAAAAGGCCGCGUAGAGAUUGUUCAAGCAUUGGUAAAGGACAAGCGGAUGAAGUGGGACGCCAUCAAUAAAUCUGAUGAGACUGCUCUUGACAUUGCUGAGAAAGGAAGGCAAUCAGAGAUAGCAACAAUUCUAAAGGAACAUGGUAUUCUAAGUGCAAAGAACAUGAAGCUAGUAUUACCAACGCGUUCAGCCAAAGAACUGAAACAAACCGUUAGUGACAUAAAACAUGAUGUUCAUAAUCAGCUUGAGCACACUUUUCAAACACAAAAGAGAGUGAAAAACAUAGCAAAACGUCUGAACAAAAUGCACUCGGAAGGGCUCAACAACGCAAUAAAUUCCACCACAGUCGUCGCAGUUCUUAUUGCCACUGUUGCUUUUGCUGCCAUAUUUAAUCUACCAGGCCAAUAUGUUGAUAACCGUAAGCAUAUUCCUCCUGGAUACUCAUUAGGAGAAGGAAAUAUUGCUCCUCAACUCCCUUUUGCAAUUUUCUUCAUAUUUGACUCUCUUGCACUCUUCAUAUCAUUAGCUGUUGUGGUGGUUCAAACAUCAAUCGUGGUCGUUGAAAGAAGAGCGAAGAAGCAAAUGAUGUCGAUUAUCAACAAGCUAAUGUGGUUGGCGUGUGCAUUUGUGUCUGUAGCCUUUCUUGCACUGUCUUAUAUUGUUGUAGGUAAAGAAGAGAGAUGGAUGGCAACUGCAGUAACUUUUAUGGGAACUUUUAUCAUGGUUACAACACUAGGGACACUGUGUUAUUGGGUAGUUAUGCACCGGAUUGAGUCUUCAAAUUUGAAAAGUUUGCGCAAGUCAGCUCGGAGUAGCAAGUCCUUGUCAAGAUCCAUAUCGAUCAUGUCAGAAUCAGAGAUCCCGGAUGAUGAGUAUAAGAAACUAUAUGCUAUUUAGUUCUUCCAUACCUAGAAGGGGAGCCUUGGUGUAACCGGUAAAAUUGCUGUUAUGUGAUCAGGAGGUGAUGGGUUCGAGCUGUGGAAACAACCUCUUGCAGAAAUGCAAGGUAAGGCUGCAUAUAAUAGACCCUUGUGGUCCGGCCCUUCCUCGGACCCCGUAUAUAGCGGAAGCUUAGUGCACCGGGCUGCCCUUUCUUCUUCUACGCCUUGUAUUUUGCGAUUAUCCUGUAUAUUCUUGUGUAAUAGCAUUUGAUCCUUGCACUUCAAGCUUCAACACAGCAGCUGCUAGUUUAUGUGUAGUAUAUGAGCAACAUAGUUAUGAGCAUUUUACUAAUAAGUGGCUGCUAGCUUUGUCCAAGUGAAAAACAAUGUAGUAUAUGAGCAAGAUAAGUGAAGUGUGGAAUUUUAUGGCCUUCUAAAUAGAAUUUUGAGCAUAUUACUACUGUGGUCA